AUGGACGUGACAAUCCAAUCUCUACGCAAAAAAAUACCAAGUAAACGACAAGUCACACUAACAAUUAAUCAGCUCGUACAACAAAAAACGGUCGCUGUUUCGUAUACACCAAUGGAAAUUGAACGAAUUACACAAUUGACAACUAUGAUUACGCAAGCAACCAAUGAAUUUGAGACGGAUGAAGAUUGGGAUCGAAUUUUACGCGUUGUGGAUGCACUUAGUAACGUGGUUAAUCGGGCCGUCUUGAAAGAAUCAGUGCGAUAUCUGAGACUGAGACUAGGAGAUCCAUCGUCUCGUGUUGUGGUUUUAGCACUGACUUUAACCGAGUCAAUUGUUAAAAAUUGUGGAGAUUUAGUUCAUCAGGAGAUUGCAUCCGAGUCGUUUAUGAAUGAAAUGGAAGCACUUUAUCGAAUACAUGCAAAUAAACGGGGACGGACCAGUAUGGAAAUUGCCAGUCGUGUGCUGGAUAUGAUCCAAGCGUGGGGUGAAGCUUUUUUACCGUUUCGACAUGAGUUCCCUCUGUUUGUCGACACGUAUCACAAUAUGCGCAGGAAAGGUAUUAAGUUUCCAGACCAGUACGACGAAUCAAAGGUGCCAGUAUUGACACCACCGGUGGACGUGACGUCUGGAGGUCGACGUGGCGCAACAAGUGGGCGUUUUGUCCGAAGUUACGGAUCGAAUUCAAUUAACACUUCGUCCUACUCAAACACUAGCAGUGGACUGGGCGGAUUGUCAACACUCGAGCUGUAUGGUGUUGCGACAAACGUGUCAGAAAUGUUUGAGGAUAUGUUAUACGAGGCGCAAAAGGAUACGUGUGCUAUCAGCAACCACGGAGUGAUGGAAGAACUGGCUGUGCAAGUGAGAGAGAUAGUGCAUAGGAUGGAAGGUGCUAUCCCUAUUGCCGUUGGAGAAGAGGAUAAGAACCUGGCAAAGUACUUGUCGAUCAACGAUGAUCUUCACGCUGCGCUGAAAAAAUAUGACGAGCUGCUGGCAAAAAAACAAAACGCGGUAGAAGAAACUGCUGGAAAGUCCAAGAAAGAGUCCGUCCAACACAUUGAUCUCGUCGAUCCUUUCGGUCUGAAGGAAGACGUGCUCCCGCAAAGGAACGAGAAAAAUCAGAAUUUGAUCGAUGACGAUCCAUUUGCGGAUUUUGUGCGUGCAUGCACCGUAUCCAAGAUCGAAACUGUCGAUCAAAACAAGUCAGAAGAAAGCUUGAAGUCUGAAGUUGAGACCAAGGCUGCUCCUAAGGCGUCACAGGAAGAAGACGACCCAUUUGCGAGCUUUGUGCAAGAGCGGGCGACUAAAAUCCUCAGCAGUAGCAACCGGGAUGUUGAAAGUAAGACGCAGUCAGCUGAAGCGCUGGAACCUGCAGCAUCCACGAAGGACUUGAUCGACUUGUGGGAUGAUGUUCAUACGGCGGCUCCAACUCUUUCUCAGCCCGCAACUACACCUGAUCUUUGGUUAGGGGGUGAUCCCUUGAGCCAUUCUAUGGUCUUAAAUACUGCUUCCACGAAGACACCAGCACAUGAUUCUCGGAGCGGUAAUAUAGCCAACACAUAUUGUGGUUUGACCACAUCGGUAGCAAGACAGCCUAGCUUUUCGAGCACAACCAGCAGUACUAUAGACACAAAAGUAAGCGACCCAUUUGAAAUGCUGGACUUCUCCACAAAGGCUUCUUCUAUCUUGACACCCAAUCCACCCAAUAACCUCCUCCAGCCGACUUCUUUGUCUACACAAACAAAGCCAAUGGCCACAAGUAAAUCGUUCAACCCCUUCGACUUCUAA